AUGUUGGCCUUGCAGGCGGACCUUCUGAAAUCUGUUGCUCAAAUUACCCAGACAAGCCCCGGUGAGGGAGGCGGCUUGCGGUCGCAAGUGGUGCUGCUACUGCAACGAGUGGACGAGCUGCAGCAGCUGCUGCAACAGCUGUUGCAGCAGUGGGAGCGGCUCCUUAGCGAAGAGUACGCCCAGCGUCGGCAGCUGGAGAAGUCUGUGCGCUCUCUGGCCAAGAGGAACUAUAAGCUCGACAAGGCUCAAGAGAGGCUGCUGCAGCUGAGCAGGCAGCGUGGCAAACUCACAGCAGCAGAAGUUGCUGUAGCUAUUACUGGGGUGCGGCUGCCGGAUAUGGAAGGAGACGAGACAGCAACUGCAGCAGCAGCAGCAGCUGCUGCUGCUGCUCAAGAGGGAGCCAGCUUCAGCACCAGCGACAGCGAUGAUGAGGCGCAUGAGUCACUCGAGUUCUUCGACUGCGACGAUGAGCUCGCCGACGAUGGCAUGGUAGAGUCCUUAGGCCUCCCCGAUCCACAGAAACAGCAGCAGCAGCAGCAGGCAGAGUCGCGCGAAGGCGCCUCUGGGGCAUCAGCAUCAGAGCCGGGCAGCAGGCAGAGUAGUGGCGGCAGCAAUAACAACUUUAUUGGGCCGGUGUUCUCUCCUGCAGCAAACGCAGCAGCAACACUUGCUGCUGCCUCUCCUCAUAUCGGGGGGGCGACGCCAGGCCAGCGGCUGGCCCUGCCGAAGCCGCGGACGGAAUUCAAAGUGAAUUUGUGGUCGGUCUUGAAAGACUGCAUUGGCCGCGACUUGAGCCGUAUUGCGAUGCCUGUCUACUUUAAUGAGCCAACGAGUUUUCUCCAGAGACAAUGCGAGGACUUGCAGUACUGCGAACUCCUAAACCUGUCCUGCCGGUUCCCGCGGAGUGUCGAUCGGCUUCUGGGGUUGACUCUCUACGCCCUGUCUCCCUACGCGUCAGCUGUUGGCAGAACAUACAAACCCUUUAACCCACUCCUGGGAGAAACAUUCGAGCUCAAACACAAAGGCUUCCGCUUCCUGUCCGAACAGGUGACUAUGCCGGGCGUAGCGCGGGUUAAGCUACAUCGCACUGGGGAGCGGUUUUCUUACAAGCGGACCAAGAUGUUGAUUCACAACGUCAUUUGGGGCAAGCUUUGGAUUGAAGUAGACGGCACGAGCCUCGUUGAAAAUGAAACUUCUGGAGACUUCGCGGUGGUACAGUUUCUUAGAAAAGGAUGGCUUGACAAGACCUGCCAUCAUCUACGGGCGAUCGUCUUCGAAGCUUCUGGGAGACCCGCCUAUCGCCUCUCCGGACAGUGGUCCAGCGCUCUGUAUGUCGAGGAGGCUCCUGCAUUCCCCGACCACAAGAAAUGGAAAAUUCCGCCGCAGGUAGAAGAAUACCGCAGAAGCGAAACGGGGCCCCCAGCGGAUAGUCCUGACAAUCAACUCGACGCGGUUGUCAGCCAGUACUGGGAGUCAAUUGCUUGGGUGGAGUCCUCUAGGCGCCUUAUUUGGCGGCCGACGGCGCGGCCUCCCAACGCUGACCAGUUCUACGGCUUCGGCUACUUCACAAUGGAUCUAAACAAUCUCUCCCCUGACUACGCAGCGCAUGCAGCCCCAACGGACUCGCGGCGGAGGCCGGACCAACGGCUGUACGAAGCUGGAAGAGUUGAUGAGGCGGUUGAACAGAAGAACAGACUGGAAGAGAAACAGAGGGAGGCUGCGCGGGCGCGACCUCGUGGAGAGUGCGACUAUCAACCCUGCUGGUUUGAGCGACAACAGAAUUCUGAAGACUGGGUUUACAAGGGAGGGUACUGGGAGGCUCGGGAGGAGGGACAAUGGGGUUGCUGUCCGGACAUCUUCUAA